AGAACAGGUUUUCCUAAUGUUUUGUACACACAGUGUAUAUACCUCACAUAAUAGAACAUAUAAGGUACCAUACCAUACAAGAUUGUGCAAACAGUUCACUGUGAAAUUCUACAUUUUCUCCACUAGAAGGUGGUCUUUAACAACCUAUAGUACACUGGUUCAUCACUACACAACAAAUGUAAUAACCGCUCCCCAUCUCAAGAGGAAUGGGUAUUAUAGUCCAAUGAGCUGAUGGCAAUAAUGAAUUAUAUGAUUUCUCACACAUACGUCUUCUCCAAGUCCUCCAUCUUCACAGGGUGUUGUGAUGUUGACUGUGAUGAUGUGAUUACUGAUAGGGUUGGCAGCUACACCACUGCUGGUGAUGAGAUCAGGGGCCUGUUGCACAAAAGUAGAAUUAAGACAUCCGGGAUAAAUGACUAAGCUGAGCUCAAUGAAGCCAAAACAUGUGCGUCCAGGCUUAAUUGGUUGCACAAAGACCAAGCCAGGAUGAGCAGACACGGAUUCAUUAAGCCGGGUGAAACCAAUCCUGGAUAGGUGCGCGCUCACGGCUCACUCAAAUAGACCCCGCCACAGAUCACAGAUUAACUGAUUUACCAUGGCAACUAGAGCCGCGUACUUUUCCCGUCGGAAGCACAAAUCCUCAUGGAGGCAUACGAGGAGGUAAAAUAUAUAAUUAAGAAGAAAGGCAACACCGCCACAGUGAUAAAGCAAAGAGAAAAAGCGUGGCAAAGUAUUGCAGACCGCCUGAAUGCAUGGUCUGCAAUGCUGACUGUGUGAUCAGCAAUGUUGUGGCAAAAUGGCCUGGCUCAGUCCAUGACUCCAGAAUCUUUCGGGCCUCUGAAAUCUAUCAGUGCCUAUCACAAGGUGAAUUCUCUGGUGUGUUGCUGGGAGACAGGGGGUAUGGCUGCCAGCCUUUUCUCCUGACACCUUUCACAGACCCCCAGGAAGCACAGCAGGCCUACAACCAUGCCCAUGCCAGGACCAGGGCCAGAGUUGAAAUGACCUUUGGCCUCCUGAAGGCACGCUUUCACUGCCUUCACAAAUUAAGGGUCAGCCCUGUUAGGGCAUGUGAUAUUACUGUGGCUUGUGCUGUCCUCCACAAUGUGGCCUGCCUGAGGAAGGAGAGGGCCCCCAGAGUGCCACCAGCCAUGGACUGGGACAAUCCGGCAAUCUUCCCUGAUGAUGACAGUGGUCGGCUGCUGAGGGACCAAUAUGUGUUGAAUUAUUUUAGUUAGUAUGUGUGCUUUCAAUUUUGGUUAAAUAUGUCCUGCGGUGGCAGAGGAAUUUGGGUUUUUUUGGGUUCGUUUUUUUACGAAUUUGGCCUCUUAUGAUGUUUGUGCGGUAUACUGUGUGUAAUACAAGGCUGCAGGGAGGCUACUGCAUCCAUUCAUUUGUCUGUUCAGUUGAUGUGUAUGGAUUUGUCCUGCAUUUAUUUUAGUGUGCAGACAUGCAGGGUGUGUUAUAUACAGACCUUUGAAUGUGUAUGUAUCAUUUUGUAUAAUAUGCUUGGAUUCUGUGCUUUCCAUCUUGUAGAGUCACUGUGACUUCAGUUUCGAAAGGAGCUGAUGGUUUACCUGCUUUGUUUUGUCCUUAUUCAAUAAAGGAACAUAAUGUUA